AUGGAGCGUCUGCCGGUGGAGCUCCUCGUGCACGUGAUCUCCCUCACGUCGCCGGCUGAUGCGUUCCGCGCCGCCGCAGUCUCCCGGGCCUUCCGCACGGCCGCGGACUCCGACAACGUCUGGUCCCGCUUCCUGCCCUGCGACCUCCCGCGAUUCGCAAAGAAGGAGCUCCCCCGCACGCUGCCGUCGACUAAGAAGGGGCUAUUCCGACGCCUCGCCGACCAACCCGCCCUUCUCCCGGGCAAAUUCAUCCGCAUGCAGCUGGACAAGGCCACCGGCGCCAAGUGCUUCGCGCUUUCGGUUCUCAAGAGCGGCUAA